UUAAUUGAACUGUUUAUUAAAAUUGAGAAAUAAAUCGACAGUAGCUCGGGUUAACUUCCCAUAGGGUUGAACGUUGAAACCUAAAAUUAGUUCCGUCAUGAAUAGCAGCACCAUCGCCACCCACCGCCGUUAAGCCCUGCUACCAAACCCGUCUUAGGUCAAACUUGCUAAUUGCAAAUCGUCUCAGUUAAAGUGUAUAUGCAGAACACAAGCCACUAGGACAAGAUAGUAUUUUUCCGAAACAUUGUUUUCUGCAUCAUUGCAUUCCUACUAAAUCAACUUAAGAUGACCUCUCCAAACACUCUUAUAUUCAUGGAACUUGCAAUACAGCAGGCAAAGUUAGCUUUGGAUGCCCUUGAAGUACCUGUUGGCUGUGUGAUUGUUGAGGAUGGGAAGGUUAUAGCCUCAGGAAGGAAUCGAACUACCGAGACACGAAAUGCUACUAGACAUGCAGAAAUGGAAGCUAUAGAUGUGCUUUUAGAACAGUGGCAGAAAAAUGGACUUUCAAUGACUGAAGUUGCUAAAAAAUUCUCAAACUGUAGUCUUUAUGUUACCUGUGAACCAUGCAUAAUGUGCGCAUCUGCUUUAGCAACUUUAGGUAUAAAGGAUGUGUUUUAUGGUUGUUCAAAUGACAAAUUUGGAGGUUGUGGAUCAAUACUAUCGUUGCAUUUAAAAGACACUGCGUCACUUAAUAAGGGUUUCAAAUGUGCUGGAGGUAUAAUGGCGACAGAAGCUAUCAUUCUCCUACGAACAUUCUAUGAUCAAGGAAAUCCAAAUGCUCCGAAACCCCACCGGCCUCUAGCACAUCAGGCAACAACUUGAAUUUGUAUAUCACUAGGUUGGUUUUUUGGCAGCCUUCUUCCUCAUUCAUUAAGAAUGGAUAGAAAUAUAUUUUAUAUAUCCCACAAAUUUUCACGUACAUUAUUGCUGUGGUUUGCAUUGUUUUUUCGUCAUGUUUUUCUGUUCACUAACUAUUGCUGAUGCGUGGGCACAAGCCACUGUUGGGUUUGAAAGUUAAGUGUGUUUAAUUUUAUUUUAAAACAUGAUCAAAUGUUAAUUUUGGCUAAUAUUGUGUUCAUAUGUGGCCAAGGUGCAGCGAAAAUUUCCAUUGGAUUGUAUAUUAUUAUAUUGGAGAAUCAAUUGGUUGUGAAUAGUUUAUCUUAACCGUUAGCUUUA